AAACCCAAUGCUGAAUACAAAGCACAGCACUAUUCUAGUUACCAAAAAGAAACGUGAACUCUAUUCCAGCCCAAAGCAGGACACCCACCUAGAACAGAAAGAGGGUAACUCAUUGUCUUUUUACAUCACCAGUGCUAGUUCGCCAAACAGCUUGAUUAGAAGAUUGCAUCAGGUAAGGACGCACUUGGUUCACCCCCUAAAAUGUCAUCCCAAGCUUGUCUCUGAGUUUCAUUUCGUACAGCAUACUGAUUUCCUGGGGUUUUUUUCUUAAAAUUGCAGCUAUCCAGCACUGAGGCUGACCAAUUUACUAGCUUUUAGCACACAGUGACAUUUUGCUCUGGCAGUAUAAAAGCCUUAGAAUUAUUUUUUUUUUUCCUUUUUUCUUUUUCCAUGUGUGAAUGAAAGAUCUCAUGCAUCAUCUCUUCACUGAAACAGAUCCUCAGCAGUCUCUCUUACGAAAUUGCUCAAUUGGAACUCAUGUUCCAAACAAUCAGCAGAGUCCAGUCACUCUCACUGGACAACCCGGGAGAUGUUGUCACUCGAGUCUGCUGAGAUGCACACUUCUUUUUCCUCCAACCACUUUCACUAAACAUUACACUACUACAAAACAGCUCAGCCAACUCUGUAACUGCAUGUCUUCAUACUUAGCCCAAACAGUGAUGGGGAAGGCUAGAACUAAUCUAUAGGUAGCUGGUAUUUCAUAUGGAAUAUUACAAUCACCGACAAUGUUACUGUACGUGUUGACAAAAACUCAAAGGACAAACAAAAGUUACUUUCCACUGGCUGUUCAGAAUGAGUGGUAGUAUGCACACUGACGACCCUCCUUCAGGAUCUCUACAGGAAUUCCAGAGCUUGGGGCAUCAUAAGAAAAGACAGCACAGGGCAUGAACUGCAUAACUAAGAUGUGUGCACAGAUUUGUGGAUAGGGCAUAGAUAGGUUCAUGCCCUACAAAUGUCAGGUACUACAAACGUCUCUCAUUUUGUGUAUUGACAAUAGGACUGCACCAUUUUGAUGUACUGGGUCAGAAGAAGGACCCAGGGCUGGUGAUAGUGCUGUUUAGAUGAACAUGGACAACCAAGCAGAGUAGCCGCCAAGUUUUACAUCGGCUACACUUGCUGGCAUACAACUUGUAGUGCCUCUCCUUGUAACCAGACUUGCUUCCCAGACAAAGAUGAGGGGGGGUCUGAGCCCUCAUUUAUCUAUCACUACUGUGCAAACUUUGCUCAGACAGUGACAUCAGCAAGUAUUGCUUCACUAUGCUGCACCACUCCUGGUUUUGGUGAGCCUGGAAGAGAGGGAUUGGGAGCAGUGGAUUGUUAACCACAGUCAGGAAAAGGUGCUGAAUAAAGGUAGCUCUGUAUUACAAAUGUGCUGCUCUCAGAAGUUGAGAACUGCACUUUAGACAACCUUUAUACUGUAACAGAGAAAAAGGCACAGUUCAGAGAGCCAAACAAAUGGAUUUGUCCCUGUAUGCCUGCUAUUAAGUGGGGAAUGGUACUGAAAACGCUUAUUUGCUGGCUAAUUAUUGAAACAAAUACUUCUACUUCUAGUGGAACUCAGAAUAAGCAACUCCCAGACUCAGCUCCGCAGUCAAACUGGCCCGAUGGCAUGCUGCAGCCAACCCCAGCUCAGUGUCUGGAUGAAAUAAAGACCUUGCUGCGGGAGCAGUUUUUUGUGCAGUAUCCUCAGAGGUGCAUAGCGUAAUGUCCAUGCUGUACUACACUCUGAUUAUAGCUUUUUUGAUCGGCACACAGGCAGCUCCAAAAUCAGAGGACAAUGCUCCACUGGAUUAUCCUGCAGAACUCUCCCUGCUCAAUACCCACCGGAAUAACAGACACCACAUUCCCAAGGCAGCUCCACAGACAUCCCACGGCCACUCUACUUGGACAAUAGGUAGAAGAGAAGCUAUAAAUAUCACCGUGGACCCAAAAUUUCUUAACAAGAGGCGUUUCCGGUCUCCUCGGGUGCUGUUCAGCACACAGCCUCCCCCAGUGUCAGGCGAAGGACAGACUACGGGAUUUCGCGGCAGUGCAGGUUCUCUCAACAGGACUGCCAGGACCAAGAGGACCGCGCACCCUGUACUACACCGGGGAGAGUUCUCAGUGUGUGACAGUGUCAGCAUGUGGGUUGGGGACAAAACCACAGCCACUGACAUUAAAGGCAAAGAGGUGACAGUGUUGGGAGAGGUCAACAUUAACAACAACAUUUUUAAGCAGUAUUUUUUUGAGACCAAGUGCAGGGACCCUAAGCCAGUCUCCAGUGGGUGCCGAGGGAUCGAUGCAAAGCACUGGAACUCUUACUGCACCACAACACACACCUUUGUCAAAGCGCUGACAAUGGAGGGCAAGCAAGCAGCCUGGCGGUUUAUUCGAAUUGACACAGCUUGCGUGUGUGUGCUCAGCAGGAAGUCAGGGAAACCCUGAGAUGGAUCUAAACCCCAUGACAACGUCCUCCUACCCCCUACCUCAGUCUGUAAAUUAUUUUAAGUUAUAAAGGACUGCAUGGUAUAUUUAUAGUUUAUACAGUACAGAAAGAACCUCAUUAUUUAUUAAACUCUUUUGG